AUGAGCAUGGAAUUGGAUAAAUGCUUAGAGAACCUUUACCAAGGGAAGCUCCUACCAGAGGCUGUGGUUAGGGCGCUAUGUUUUAAAUUGAAAGAAAUGUUAAUUCGUGAAUCCAAUGUUGUGCACAUUCAGACUCCUGUCACUGUUGUGGGUGAUAUUCAUGGACAAUUCCAUGAUCUGCUAGAGAUAUUUCAGAUUGGUGGGCCCGUACCUGAUACAAAUUACUUGUUUUUAGGCGAUUACGUCGACAGAGGUCUUUACAGCGUUGAAACCAUCGUAUUGUUAGUGGUUUUAAAACUGCGGUAUCCCCAUAGGAUACAUCUUCUAAGAGGCAAUCACGAAUCAAGACAGAUCACUCAGAGUUAUGGAUUCUAUACAGAAUGUUUGAACAAAUACGGUGAAAAUUCUAAAGUUUGGCACUAUUUAACGGAUUUCUUUGAUUAUCUGGUGCUGUGUUGUAUUAUUGACGAUGAGAUAUUCUGCGUUCAUGGAGGUCUUUCGCCCAAUGUGCAGACUAUUGACCAGAUCAAAAUCAUAGAUAGGUUCAGAGAGAUUCCACAUGAUGGUGCCAUGGCAGAUCUUGUUUGGUCCGAUCCCGAAGAAUCCAAUACAGAGAAUGGCAAUCACAGGGAAGAAUUUUACAGAGAAUCCUCACAACAUUUCCAAGUUUCACCAAGAGGUGCUGGGUACACAUUUGGACGUUGUGUGGUCGAGAAAUUUUUGCAUACAAAUAGUAUGUCUCGUAUCUAUAGAGCGCAUCAACUAUGCAAUGAAGGCUUCCAAGUUUAUUUCAAUGGGUUGGUUACAACGGUUUGGUCUGCACCUAAUUACUGCUAUAGAUGUGGUAACAAGGCAUCUAUCCUUGAGUUAUACGGUAAGGACGAUUUUUAUUUCAAUGUCUUCGAAGAGGCCCCAGAAAAUAAAUUGUUAAAUGAAAAUGCACAGGCUAAUGUUACCAAUAAUAAAAUUCUAAACGAUUAUUUUGAUAGCGGUGACGAGUUAUCUGAAAAUGGCUCUACAGAUAUGGACAUAUUUUCUGAUGCAUACCAGGCAAAAUCGGCCUCGUCGAGACGUGUGGAAUACUUUUUAUAG